CACGUCCAUUGUAAACCUCACGGUAGCAGAUCAUAUACAUCAAAUUUAUUAGUUAUAUAAUUCAAAACCCUAAAAGACCUAUUUUAUCCAUCUUCUUCUUCUUCUUGAUUACUUUCCUUAAAUCCUCUAAAUCUUAACGUUACUUUCUUAUUGCGUUUCCACAUGGCUUCCAUUAUCUGCUGUUCUGCUCCAUUCAUGAUCCGAGCAUCUUCCGGAUCCACGAAAAACCCGGAUUCAAACCGCAAGAAAUCUGUUUCUUGGUGGGCUCCUCUCUUCGGCAUACCCUCCGAUCCGGACUAUCUCAACAUCGAAAGCUCUACUCUGGAACCGAAUCCGGUUCAAAUCGAUGUUUCUGAGUCGGGUCAGGAUUCGGGUCAAAAGCUUCGACGUCGCGGUUGUCUCACGGAGGAGAAAGCUAGGGAGUUGAGGAAGAAAAUAGCCGAAGGUUCCACGUUCCACGAAGUUAUGUAUCAUUCAGCGAUUGCGUCUAGGCUUGCUUCUGAUAUCUCCGGUCGGGUCAAGGAUUAAAACGGAUCCGGGUCGCUGUUCUUCAGAUCUGGAGAUCAUCAAUUUGUCGAAUCAAAAUGUUUCUCUAUUAGUUGUCGGGUUAUCUUUAGGUUUCAAACCAUCUACUGUCGGUGCUUGUUUUUUCAUUAGAACCGUUGGAUUGGGUAUUGUCUUUUGUGUUGUAAAGAACCGUUGGUUCGUUAGUUCAUUAAUUAAUCACCGUUAGUUUCUGUUACCUUUUCCUUUUACCGUAACAAACUGUUGGAUCUCUCUCUCUCUCACUUGUUAAAUAGCUCUUUGAAAUCCAACACUAAAAACUAAAUCUAACUGAUGAUUUUGAAGCUUUUGUGUAAGUCUAUGUUUUAAAUGGUGCACCAGGUCG